UGUCAGAUUUCAAAGCUGGCCAAAGAAAAUAGAAUUACAUGGAAUAGACCUAGAUGGAGGAAAAGGCAAAAGUAGCUACUUAUGGCCAAAGCCUAAGAUGUAUACUCAGAAGUAAUUCAGAAGUAAACUCAGAAGAUGAAUACUCAGAAGUAAAUCAGAAGCUAAUUUGGAAGUGGUUUACUCAGAAGUAAAUCAGAGGACAUUCAGUGGUAGUUACUUCCUCCAAAUAUGUCCUACGUUUGUACUGCAGCUCUUAUCUUCUUCUAGAAAAUGACUCUCUACCUUCUCCAGAACCAUCUUUCCUGGAAACAUUUGUUCUGAGUCAAUGAGGAGCUACACUGGGAAAAGAAUUUGUGAGAUUUGGAGAACUUUGCUUGCUCUUGACUAAUUGAAAACAUGGUAGAUGUGGAAAAAUGGAUUUGCAGAAUCAUGCUGCUCUUUCUUUCAUUCCAUUCUGGAACAGGGAGAACUCAGCUAGCACUAACACCUCCAGGUUUUAUAGAAACUGCCUGCUUCAACAGUAUGUUUUGGAUGAAGUUGGAUGAGUCCUUUCUUCAGAAAAAGUACCUCAGGAUAGAAAUAAUUAAUCACUCGGUUGUCACUGUCUUGCCUGACAAGGAGGUGGAAACUCGCUGUGGUUAUGCCCUGUCAGAAGAUGUGUGGGGAAAUCGGAUCUUCCGGGCUUCUUUUCUUGGCUGUCAUGUUACAAAUGAGAGGGAUGAAAAGUUUACUCUUACUGUAAAUAUUAAAGUGUCAUCAUUUGAAAACAUGAGAGCACCUAUGACUUAUCAGCGUGUUCUGAGCUGUCCCUAUUUCCCAUGGGCUCCACGGGAGAUUGUGUGUGAAGAAAAUUACAUGGAGGUGUCAGUGAAGACUGAUGUCCCAGUGAUUUCAGAUGUUGAGACUGAAGACUGGAUGCCAGCCCUGCCAGAGACAGAAAAGGUUGCAUAUCAGGUAUGGCAGCUGAUAUUCUAUUCUCCUUCAGGGAGAAAGACAACCGUGGUGAGUGAUGCCAGUAAGCUAGGCUACAGUUUCAAUAACACGCUGACAAGAGUUUUCCUUCGGUCUCCAUACUCCACAAAUGAAUCCGAACAUUCAGUGGCUAAUGGGGUCACUAUGAGUACCGUCAGCUCCACUUCCAUGUACAAACAAAGAUGGCUUCUCCUGUUGAUUGAUACCACGGUAUCAUGCCCUGUUGGCAAGUAUUUCUCCUCUAUUCUAAAAUGCAUUGUUUACUCAUAUGACCCUGGAAAAGCUCAUCCUUUCUUGAAAAACCACUGCUACCAGAGUUGGCUUUAA